AUGGAAUCCUUCCUGAAGGCCGUCGAGGCGGGCCAGUGCGAGGUGGUGCGUGCGGCCCUCGAACGGCGGGGCGCCGCCGCCAUCGAGCUGGACUUCCAGGAUCCGGCCCGGGACGGUAACACGGCCCUGCACCUGGCCGUGACGGCCAAGCGCAACAAGAUGCGCCUGAUCGAGCUGCUGCUGGCGGCGGGCGCUGACUGUGGGCUGCGGAACCACCACGAGCGGACACCGGCGGAGCAGGCAUUCGCCGCCGGUUGCCGGCAUGUGGCCGAGGCGAUGGUGGGCCGCGAGCUGGACGGGUUGCCGGCCGACCGGGCCUUCCGGCGACUGGUGGCCCGAGGGUCGGUCGAGCUGCUGCGCAUUUUCCUCGAGAAGCGCGCCUUCGACAUCCACACGAAGAUGAAACUGAUGACGCGAGCCCUGGACGAACUGUGGGUGGUGCGUGGUGUGGAGGUGGGUGACGCGAUGCGUGCCUUCCUCGAGCACGAGCUGAUCGCGCACAGCUACGAGUGCGACGCGACUGGCCAGCGGAUUCCGCCGGCCGUGGAGGGCGAGACAGAGGCUGAUCGGCGCGUGGAGUUAGUGCGAAGCUAUACCAAAUACUUGAGCGAGCGGUACGACGGGGACAACCUGGCCGACCUGGACGAGGAGUUCGUGGUGCGGCUGCGGGCCAUCUGCGAGUGUCUGCACGUGCUCGGCGACAGUGGGAUGCCCGAGGACCUGAUCCCGCUGAAGGAGGCCGCCUACCUGGCGAGUCUGUUUCUGGGGAUCCUGGAGAAGCGGGCCGGCUUCGAGAUCUACAAGCUCGUCCUGAACCGCCCGAUGAUCGUUCGCUACCUGACGGCGGUGGGCGAGACACUGGUGCGGGUGCGCGCUCGGUCCACGGAGUGGAUGCCGCAGCUCCUCGAGGAUAUCGGGGAGUGCAUCGCCGAGCAGAAGCUGGCCCAGUACGUGGCUCGCAGGCGACGGGCUUGCCCCGAACUACAACGGAUCGCUGAAGGAAAUGUGCAGGACGAUGAGCGGAUACGCGCGGAGCUUGCCCGGCCCGAGUUUGUGGCCCUGUCCCAGGGCGAGGAUGUGGCGCAGUUCGUGGCCCAUCUGCGGCGGAGCGACCACCCGUUGACGGUGGGCCAACUUUGGCACCGACGGCACCCGAAGCUCCGCCUCUCGAAGCGACAGCUGGCAUAUGCGGCGGCCAAGCGUGAACUGCUGUGCGGUGGGGUGCGUCGCCGCGACCGAACCACGUUCCGCUGCCUUCGGCGCUCCUACGAACAGGUCCGCCAGCUGCACACGGUGAAGCGGGCGGCUCACUACAUCGAGGGUGCGCUCGUAAUCGAUCUGGACGACCGUCCGACUGAAACCCUCGGCCUGAUGGCGAUCAAACGAGUCCUGCAGUUCCUUGCCACCGACCGGAGCCAUCGGCCACGGUUCACCCGGCUAAUGGACAGUCUGCUGGGGCAUCUGCUGGAACCGCUGGGGGCUCGCGAGGCAACGAACGUGCGGGAAGCCUUCUCACCGCGCUGCUCGGCGGCCAAGUAUUUGCCGGUGGGCGGCCGACGACAGCCGCCAGCGUCCCUGCUGACGAUCGAGCAGGCGCGAGGGAUUCAGACGCGGCUCCGGGCGGUGUACCGGUAUCUCCUGUACGUGAUGCACCUGCAGCUGAUCGCGGCGUUCAAGACGUUCCUCGGCACGGCGUACCGAUUGCGGACGGUGGCGCAGCUCCGCUCGUACGCCCGCUACGUCGGCGAGCACAACCUGCACACGCUGAGUUCGCUCCGCUUCGAGCACGCGUUCCACGACGAGCCAGAGACGGGACGGGUGGUGGGUGAGCUGAAGCGCGCCUACCGCGGCAUGGCCAACGAGCUGAAGCUGCUGUCGUUCGUCGAGAAGAACAUCCACUUCCGGUUCUACCACCUGCAGUACCAUCAGACGCGGCUGCGCGUCACCCUCGCCCAGUUCGCCGUCGUGUAUCGGGCUUUGCGGGCGAACGGGGAUUACGGACGGACGCGGCGGCUGCUCCACUCGUACCUCACCCAGACCUACCACCGGUACGACAUUUCACGGGCGAUCUCCAUCUCCGACGCGAACCUCGCGCUGAAGGAACUCCUCCGACCGUACGCCGGUAUCGUCGGUGAGUGCAACGAGGACACGCGGCAAGUGGUGCGACACCUGGAGCAGCUGCAACGCCUAAUGGAUCCGAACUGCCUAUUCGGGAUCCGUGUCUCCACCCGACCAAAGCCGGAGGUGUCGACGGAGCCGGAGACCGAUCGCUACGAGCACCUGACCCGCGGGCUGCUCCAGGAGCGAGGUGCCCCGCCGCUCAGCGAGCCGGACUUUGCGGAGCUGCACUGCAAGCUCCACUCCGUGUACUGUGAGGAUGUGUUCCGAGGGCUCCCCCAGCGCCACGCCACCGUCGAGGGGUUCUUCCGUACCCGGGGCCUCCAACUCCCGGCGGCAGGAGCUAAAACCGACGACGAGGAGCUACUGCAGGAGGUGUUCGAUGCGAAGGUCAACGACCUGCUGGAGCUGGUGGAGAAGACGCUCGAGUGUGGGUCAGCCGAAGCGCCCGGGUUCCCGGACGCGAUCCGUGCCCUUCCAGCGUUCGUGCAGUUCGCGUUCGAGUUCGCCCUCCACGAACUGCUCGAAAUCCUGGCGUCGGUCGGGGUGCUUCGGUCGGCGGCGGCAUCGACGACACCGAUCCUGAGUGGUUCCCGACUGCGGACGUUCCUGGGCGGCAGCAGUGACUCGCUGGUCCUCGAACUCCUGACACUCCCCUCGAACGCGACCCUCUUCCUGAACGCAAUCGCCUUCCGGCGGCACUCCUUCCGCCUGUACCCGGCCUCCGAGCCGGGCGACGGUCCCACGACUGCGACGUCAGAUUUCGAGCGGAAAUUCACCGACCGACUGCAGUGGCUGGCGGAGCAGCGCGCCCUGUUCGAUGCGGUCCACCACCCCGACUGCGAUCUGACGGCACUCCGGGAGGGGUUGCGGGGUGCUAGUGAGGUGCUCGCCGGCCGCAGGUUCGGCUCGUUGGCCGGCGGUGAGCCGUGUCAUUACGCGCUCGUCGACGCCGCGCUCGUCGGUGACUUCCGGGCGAUGAUCGACCUGCUAACGGACCGUGCUUCCGGUCCCCGCUCACCCCGCCACCAGCUGCUCCAGUAUCUCCUUCGACGCACCACUCGGUCACACUUCGUCGCGACGCGCAUCGAUCGGUUGGCGCCGGAAGAGCGACGACUGUUGGCGCUGUACCUGGGAGCGCUGGCGGGUGACGUGGAGCUAUUCGGGGCGCUGUUGGUGCAGUACGGGGCACACGGGGAGCUGCAUCGGUUCGUGCACUCGGACGACCACGGGUUCGUGGAGCGGCUACUGGGGGGGCUUCCGGCGGACUUUGACUGGGGCCGGACGGACCCCAGGACCGGCAUGACGGUGCUGCAGCAGGUGACGAACGCGGGCAACGUGGGUGCGGUCCGGGUGCUGGUGGGACGCAUGUCCCGUCAGCAGCUCAACUCCCCUUGCCACGCCCGCUACACCGCCCUGAACCUGGCCGCCCGCCUCAAUCUCACCGAGAUCGUAAGGACACUGGUGGAAACCGGCGUGGACGUGACGCUGGCCGGUGACGAUGAGCGACUUCCGGCAUCCUGGCUGAUCCAGUACGGGAACGAGCGUGCGGUGGUGGGGUUGGCACUCGAAGGAGUGGAGCUGACGGCGCUCUCGAGUGAACUGUGCCUGCUGCACCGGGCCAUCGAGUACGACAACGGGGACGUAGUGCGGUACCUGCUGGAGGACGCGGCCGUUGAUCCUGCGCGCGUCUACUCGAACUGCGCCAACGUGCUCCACGUGGCGGCCGGGUUCGGGCGGUGCGCCAUCCUGCGCUAUCUCCUGUCGCAGCCUUCGCUCCGUCGGCUGGUGGACUGCGGGAACCUGGUGAAAAACACGGCGCUGGCGGUGGCCUGCAAGGAGCGGCAACUACGGGCGGCCCGUAUCCUGCUGGAGGAGGGCGGAGCGAGUACGGAGCCCACCGGGGAGUACGGUCUCAAUCCGCUCGCCUUUGCCCUGCUCACGAACAGUGUGCGGUUGGUGAGGGUCCUGCUGAGGCACGGGGCCACCUUCUCGAACCCACCCACCUCCGACACCCAGCCACUCAACCUGGCGAUCCGGACCGGGAACGUGCGAUUGCUGGAGUUGCUGCUGCGCCACGGGGUGGACGUGAACGGGGCACCGCUCGCCUUCAUCAACGCGGUGAUGGUCGGUUCGCAGGACAUCGUGCGGUUGCUGGUGGCGCGGACCGCUGCGCACGUUAACCACCGGGACGAGUUUGGCCAGACAGCGCUCCACGUGUGUGCGGAGCGAGACGAACACGAGCUGGCCGAGGAGUUACUCCGGCACGCCAGAGGGGCCGCCAUCAACGCGAAGAAUCGUUUCGGUCAAACCCCGCUCCACGUGGCCGUACAGCGGGGCCACGUGCGGACGGUGCGGGUGUUGCUGCGGGACCGGGGCUGCUCGGUGGACGAGCUGGACUAUCACGGCGAGACGCCCCUGAUCCGGGCGGUGGUCAGCGAUAACCUGGCGUUGGUACGACUGCUGCUCGCGAGCGGCGCUAGCAUCGAGCGGCUCCGCAACAGCGACCCGCCCGUCCUGCUGUACCUGGUGCAGGAGAACCACGAGCGGAUCCUGGACUUCCUGCUCGAGCACUACGCCGGCCAGUUUGAUGCGAACGCGCAGGACACGCACGGGAACACGCUCCUGUACGUGGCGACGCAGCAUAACCAUAUCAACAUCGUGAAACUGCUGGUGGACAAGUACGGGGCGCGCCGCAACCCGCAGAACCACAAGCGGCUCACCCCGCUCAUGAUCGCACGGGCUCGGGCUUACGACGAGAUCUUCCACUUUCUCGAGGCGCGCCUCGUCGAGGAGUAA